AUGAUUGACCUAGACUCACGCGGUUGCGGCCAGCGCAUGGGGAGAUAUGUCCUGCCACCGGGGGAUCCUUGCACCUGUACAGGUGUCAGACAGGGCGGUCAUUACCACCGCUACGCACCUGAGAUGCAGGGACAGGAUCCACCGGUGUAUAUAGACAUGCUGCCGGAGGUGACUGCUGACGUCAUCGGCCGUUGGUUCAAAUGCACUACGGGCAAAGUGGAGGAGACGACGCACGGAAUUCGAAUCACCUCUGAGCCGACUGAGCCGCAAGCAGAUUGUCAAGAGAUCUUGGAUGCCGGUCAGACAUCUAGCGGUGUGUACACCAUCCUGCACGCAGGACAGAAUAUGCAGGUCUACUGCCGCAUGGAGUCGGGGAAAGGAUACAUAGUGUUUCAGAAGCGGUUUAAUGGGUCGGUGAACUUCACUCGCAACUGGGCCGAUUACCAGGACGGAUUUGGCGAACUCUCGGGAGAGUUCUGGCUCGGGAACGAGAAAGUCCGUCAACUAACUUCGGAAGGUCAAUGGGUACUUGAGAUCGAGGCGGUGUAUGAUGAUCAAUUCAAAUCAAAUGAUAUGACGUACCGGUGGCCAUUCCGCGUAGAGGGCGACAGCUAUAAAUUGGUGGUGGAAGGAUUCACUAUUACAGAUGGUUUGUCUUUCCCCUCAAUCGAGACCCCUCACGCGUUUUCGACGUAUGAUAGAGACAACGACGAUUCCGCCGAAAUCAACUGUGCUGAGGUCGAGAAAGGAGGGUGGUGGUUUGGCCAAUGUAAAUCUCCGCAGGAUUCUUGGGUCAAUCUGAAUGGAGAAUAUUCCCUUCUGGAUCACCCAGACAAUGCAGAUCGGGAAUACCGCGGAAUGAAAUGGGAUGUUCCAGGGAACGUCAUAGUAGUGCGGAGCAGUCAAAUGGAGCUAUGCCGUUUCACUCCACGUGAUUGUCAAGACUUGCAUUCUUUUGGUAUCAAGGGCAGCGGCAUCUACACCAUUUAUCCGUGGAAAGACACGAGAAGAAUGAAGGUUUACUGCGAUAUGGAUACAGAACCCAAUGGCUGGAUCGUGUUUCAGAAGCGGUUUGAUGGGUCGGUGAAUUUCACUCGCAACUGGACCAAGUACCAGGACGGAUUUGGCGAACUCUCGGGAGAGUUCUGGCUUGGAAACGAGAAAGUCCGUCAACUAACUUCGAAAGGUCAAUGGGUACUUGAGAUCGAGGCGGUGUAUGAUGAUCAAUUGAAAUCAAAUAAGAAUAUGACGUACCGGUGGCCAUUCCGCGUAAAGGGCGACAAUGGUUGGCCUUUCCUUUCCAUCGACACCCCUCACGCGUUUUCGACGUAUGAUAAAGACAACGACGAUUCCGCCGGAAUCAACUGUGCUGAGGUCGAGGGAGGAGGAUGGUGGUUUGGCCAGUGUGAAUCUCCGCAGGAUUCUUGGAGCAAUCUGAAUGGAGAAUAUUCCCUUCUGGAUCACCCAGACAAUGCAGAUCUGGAAUACCGCGGAAUGAAAUGGGAUGUUCCAGGGAACGUCAUAGUAGUGCGGAGCAGUCAAAUGAAGCUACGCCGUUUCACUCCACGUGAUUGUCAACGCUUGUAUAAUUUUGGUGUCAAGAGCAGCGGCAUCUACACCAUAUAUUCAAAGUGGAAUUACACGAACCGAAUGAAGGUUUACUGCGAUAUGGAUACAGAACCCAAUGGCUGGAUUGUGUUUCAGAAGCGGUUUGAUGGGUCGGUGGAUUUCACUCGCAACUGGACCGAGUACCGGGACGGAUUCGGCGACCUCUCGGGAGAGUUCUGGCUUGGGAACGAGAAACUCCGUCUACUCACUUCUACUAAUAAAUGGAAACUAAGGGUAGAUCUGGUGGACGAUCAAGGAACGAAGAAACAAAUCAAAGUCAACAAAUUCAGCGUCAAAGGCAAUGGUUACACUUUGGACCGAGAUUCACCGGAUUCUGAUUUCCCUCAAUUCAAUCAACAUAAAUUCUCAACGUAUGACAAAGACCAGGAUGAGGAGCAGGGGGAAGUCGUGGCAUAA